CGUCACACGUCUCCCUGGGAGCCGACCAAAGCGCACAGAAAGCCGCAGCUCCUUCACUGCAGGACUCAGGCGCGCAUUGGAGGAAUGUCUGGCGGUUCGUUUGGAGUUUUCUAUGAGAAAUUUACCGAACUUUUUUUGAUCUGUUGGUGUCGAUAACGGUGGUUUGAGAAUGGCUCAGCAGCAGAGACUCGUUCAGCUCAGCGCUGCCUCGCUCGCCGUCGUCCUAGGACCGGACGAGGAGAGUUUACGCGCCGGCGGAGGGAGCGUAAACGCAAACAGCACGAGCGGUCAGGAGAUCUUUGCGGACUUUAAGGCGCAAAACCUGCGCAGUUUCUGGAAUAAGAGACUGGUUAAGGCUAUAGCUGAAGUGUGCUUUCAGGGAUGGAUGGAAAACCUGGUGCUUUUUGUACAAGGGAACGCAAACAACCUGGAGGUGCUGCGGGAAGCGUGGAUGCGCAGAGCUCUGAGAUCCCCGAAGGGGUUCAUCAUCAAGGCUGUCGGUGACCUGUCGCCAGUGCAGAUGUCCCCCGUUCCUCAGUCCCAGUUCAUUCCUUUGGCCGAGGUUUUAUGCUCGGUCAUAUCCGACAUGAACACCGCCCAAAUCACCGUCAGCCAGGAGGCGCUUGUGAACCACAUGAGCAAAGUCCAUCCAGGAAUAACCAUCCCUACCCAGGACAUCCUCUACAACGCACUCGGCACUCUGAUCAAGGAGCGUAAGAUUUACCACACUGGCGAGGGCUACUUCAUCGUAACACCUCAGACUUAUUUCAUCACCAACAACAUGACCAGAGAGAAAAACUGGUGGACUUCUUCUUCGACAGAUGAUCCGUCACCGCCCAUCACUUACCUUCUAAGCAAUGAGAUAUGUGUUGAUGGCUCUCAAACGCUCCCUGUGGCCCAUUGCAAGUCCUGCAGCUGCUUCAGCCCUCCCCAGACUUCCUCCAACACUGCAGCCUCAGCCGAACCAGCAGCUGUCCCUGACCAGCACUCCGUCUCUGUGUCCGUAAGCGAGUGCACCGGAAAAGGCUUGAAGUGGCCCCGAUCUUCAGAUCACAAACCUACUGUGCAGCAUCAGUCCACCUCCACAGUGGCAGACUGUCAGGGGAGUGAAAUCAGCAAAACGACUGUCACCACGAACGCAAGCGGUCGAAAAGAAAAAGACAAACCCGGGAGAAAGUUUGGUCUCAGUUUGUUCAGGAGGAAUGGAAGCAAAAAGGAGAAGCCAAAGAAGGAGUAUGCCUCUUUUUCUGGCCAGUUUCCUCCUGAGGAGUGGCCAGUACGAGACGAAGACGACUUAAAUAAUUUACCACGAGACCUUGAACAUGCUAUAAUCAAACGGAUCAACCCAGAGUUGACUGUGGAUAACUUGACACGCCACACAGUUCUGAUGAAGAAGUUAGAAGAGAGAAGAAAAGAAGGGAUGGAUAGGCUGAUGGAUAAGUGUCUAGAGAAAGAUGAUAAGGGAGUUGACAAGGGGAUGUCGACCGACUUACUAACCAAACAUAGACCGUAUCACUCUUCUAAAGUAGGAGGCGGUAAAAGAUCUUCUCAGAGGGCCUCUCGCAACAAGAGGAGAACUCACUCAUCCAGAGAGAAACAGAAGGAAAGAGAGAAGGAAAGAGUGAAGCAUAAGGCUCCUGAAGGUGUGGACAGCUAUCCAAGGGGGGAAGAUUUGACUCCAACCCGGCUCCAAGAGGAAAUCCCAGUCGAUGUACCCGAUCAGGUGGAAGAGUGUGGAACUGCAGAGAGAAAAUCUCUUUAUAAGAAGCGCAUUGAUAACCCUUUCCAGACCCAUCCAGUCAAAGACAAUGAGGAUAUAAUCCCCACCCCCAGAGAGCUCAGAAGGCAGGAGGUGAAAGACGGCAAGAGUUCGGGGCUAGGAAGGAAACAACGAUCAAGUCAUCGCUCUAAGUCUUGGGACCCGCACAGAGCCAAAGUGAUGCUCGCAGAUGGAGAAAGCAGGGGGAAGCUCCCUUUGUCUGAAGCGAGGUUUAAGUCUCCCUACCAGAAGGACUUAAGUGCUGAUCAUCUGCUCCAAACAGACCGGAAUCUGAACAGUGAACUGCCCUUGGACUACGGCUCAGCCUACCCACAGAGCAGCACGCUCCAGAUGGAGGAGAAGGUCCGACAUCAGAGUGAAGGCAGCAAGGAAAUCUGUGAGAGAGACGGACAGAGUGAAAACUUACAAGAUGCACCACACCACACCCAGACCAGAGAGGAUGGGUAUAUGAAUACGGUUCCUCUUAAACACCCUUUUGGGCCCAUCACAACCCACUCAUUUAACCACAGCCUUACGAGGGGUAAGCCAUCUUUGCAGCGGAAACAUUCCCUGAGGCUUUACAACCAACAAAAAGAUGAAGUUCAAAGGUCGGAUGAGCUUUCUCCAUCACUUCCUGACCAACAGGAGAUGAGAUUACUGAAUGGAAGAGAGCAGAGGACCCUAGGGGAGGGGGAGCAGCUGCGACGGACACCUGACAGCACUCAUCUAAUGACGGACACUCUGGAAUUUACAGAGGAUGACCACAGACUGUAUCAGAGAGCCGAUGAGGCAGAAGAUGAUGACACUUGCAGUUCUUUGUGUCUGAAUGUGGAUGACAUUUAUACUGCCAAUGUGCAUCAAGGUGGUGCAAAGAACUAUCCAGAAAAUGAGGGGGUUUACCACAGACAGGAAGUAAAGAUGCAGCUGCAAGGACCUCACAGUCACUAUUUUAAAGCCAGCUUUCAACAACCUGCUGGAGCUUCCACAGAAGAUGCAGUAGAUAGCACAUCCAAGGAUAAAACUCCACCAGCAGCCCAGACGGGAACUUCUUUCAACCCCACCAGGACCAGUUGGAGACGGCAUCAACAGAGGGCUAGAUCCCAAGAAACACAAAGUCACUACAGUCCCACAAGAGGAGCAAUCAACCUGGGAGAAAAACAGCAUGACAUAAAUCUGGAAAUGGACUGCUCAGAAGCAUGUGAAGUAUCAGACAGCAGCAUCUUCGACUACUGCCAGGCUAGUGAAAUAGAGUCAGACUCCGAGACGGUCCGGAAAUCAGCUGACGAGAGUGAGGUUAAGUCGGCUCACUGGGCUGCUGGUGUGGAGGAAGUGCAGACACGGCCUUUUGAGGAGAAGAGCGUUUCCCAGAGCCGCAGAGCUGUCCCGAGCAUGCUCAGUGCUGCCAGCAGGCCGGAUGUUGGCGAGAUGGUGGAGAACCACAGCAUCACUGGAGACAGUGGGAUAGAUUCCCCUCGGAAUAGACUCACUUUGGUCUCCCGAAACGCCGCCAUUUUUGAAGGUCUAAAGAAAAGAGGCUUCCUGCAAAACUUGGAGAAACUGCACUCAAAGAGCAGCACCAUCCGACCUCAGAGCUCCCUGCUCCAGCUAACACCUGUUAUGAACGUAUAGCAGACAAGAGUUCUGCUACUUUUGAAAAAGCCUAAGUUUGUGUGAGAAUCUAACUUUGGCGGAUCCCAAAUGCAGGAGGGUUUGCAAUAUCACACCCGUAUCAAAGUUGUGAACUUGUGAAAAUGUAAAUAAGAAAUUCAUGUAACUUUUAUUAUAUUCUUUUCUCAACUGUUUAUCAAUACUAUGUCCAAGCAUUUUCGUUUUUCUGAUUUAUCUUGCUCUAUUAAUAAAUUUACAUAUAUACAUAAAAU